UGCAACACUGAGGUUGAGACUGACUCUGAAACUGCUCUGGCACUUGUCAGCUUGCCUGAAUUUGUCAGAUCGGACUCGCACGUGAAGGAUGUGUUGGCCGGUGACCGCGGUCCUGCUCGCCCACCUCGGGGCCGCCUUAACGGGGGCAUGGAGAGCAUCUCAGCCGAGACUACAGUUCACACACUCCGAGCUGAUCCAGAACGGCCGCCUGCUGACGCUGCCCCUAGUGGCGGGAGAUCUGCACUCGCUGCUGCCCGACGAGGACGGGAGGCGUCUGUAUGUGGCCAUGAAAGACAACCUGCUAUCUACGAGUCUGGACGACAUAACACAGAACCCACGCAAGCUGUUCUGGCCGGCCAGUCCGGACCGGGUCCAGGAAUGUCUCAUGGCUGGGAAAGAUCCAGAGCUGGAGUGCGCCAACUUCCUGCGAGUUCUGCAGCCGUUUAAUCAGACUCACCUGUACGUGUGUGGCACCGGGGCCUUCAACCCCCGCUGCGCUUUCAUAGCUACCGCCGUCUUCCAACGGUCCGAGCAUCAGACUCUGUCCUACAGCCAGACAGAGUGUGGGAAGGGGAAAUGUCCCUACGACCCGUUCCAGAAAACGGCCUCCACCGUUGUUGAUGGAGAGCUGUAUGCUGGGAUCACCUCAGACUUCAUGAGCAGAGACUCCGCCUUCUUCCGUAGUCUCGGCAGACGUCACGUCAUCCGCACCGAGCAGUACGACUCCACCUGGCUGCAGGAUGCCCAGUUUGUGCGGGUAGCGCCGCUGUCUGAAACUGAUAAUCCAGAGGAUGAUAAGGUCUACGUGUUCUUCACUGAGCGCGCUCAGGAGGCAGAAGGGGCUGCUGGGAAGGUGCUCUACUCCAGGGUGGCACGUGUGUGCAAGAACGACAUCGGAGGCCAGAGGAGUUUAGUUAAUAAGUGGAGCACCUUCCAGAAGGCUCGUAUGGUGUGUUCAGUCCCAGGACCCGACGGCCUGCAGACACACUUUGACCAGCUGCAGGACAUCUUCAUCCUCCAGGGGAAAGACAAGAAGAACCCUCUCAUCUACGGCCUGUUCACCACCUCCAGUGAUAUUCUCAACGGUUCAGCGGUGUGCGUUUACCGGAUGGAGGACGUCGUUCGAGCUUUCAAGGGAAACUUCCUGCAUAAGGAGGGGCCUCAGUAUAAGUGGGCGGAGUUCACAGGCAAGGUGCCCUACCCCCGACCAGGAACUUGUCCCAGCAGCACGUAUGGAAGCUACAGUUCGACCAGAGAGUAUCCUGACGACGUCAUCUUCUUCAGCAGGACUCACCCGCUGCUGCAGGAAAAUGUGCUGCCACUGGGAGAGCGCCCCCUCCUGGUCAGAGUGGGCGCUCACUACAAGUUCAGUAAGCUGCUGGUGGACAGAGUGGAGGCCGUGGACGGCACCUACGACGUCCUGUUCAUCGGCACAGACUCUGGUCUGGUGCUGAAGGCCAUCCAUCUGCCCCGAGAACACGGCCAGAGUCAGGAGGUCACUCUGGAGCAGCUGCAGGUCUUCCAGCACAAAUCACCUGUGACAGCCAUGACACUCUCAAAGAAGAAGCAGUGGUUGUUUGUGGGCUCCAGGGAGGGCGUGUCCCAGCUGGCCCUGUACCAGUGUGAGCUGUACGGUCAGGCCUGCGCCGAGUGCUGCCUGGCCAGAGACCCCUACUGCACCUGGGACGGACACGCCUGCAGCCCCUACAUGCCCACUGUGCGCAGGAGGAACGCUCGCCACUUGGGAGAGGACGAGGAUCCGUUAACUCAGUGUGUCAGACAGGGAGCUGCGCUGCAGGUAGAGGCGGAGCAGAGGGUGAUGAUGGUCGCCGAGGGCAACAGCACCUACCUGGAGUGUCUGCCUCGGUCCAGACACGCUGCUGUCACCUGGUACAAACAGGCUGGAGAGAACAGUCCUGAACUAAACCAGGUGGUAACAGGUGACCAGCUGGUUGUUAUCGAGCGGGGCGUCCUGAUUCGUCGAGCCGAGCUGUCUCACGGCGGCGUCUACCACUGCCAGGUGGAGGAGCACGGGUAUCACUGGACCGCCGUCACCGUCCGCCUCGCCGUCUGGAGCCCCUCGGCCAAUCGCCUCCUCGCUUCCUUGUCGACCUCGGCCUAUCAGAACGCAGGAACCCAGCCCUGGUACGAGGACGUGAUGGCGCUGAUUCACCCGGGAAACCUCGGCCAGCACUGCAAGGCCCUGGGGUACCGCCCCCCGCGCAACCACCGUCGCCACGGCGACAUGAUUGUGGCGCCAAACAAGGAGAAAGAGAGAGGGGAGAGGCACAAGCACGGGGGAGGAAGAGGAGGAGGAGGAGGAGGAGGAGGAGGAGGAGGAGGAAGAGCAGCAGGGAGGAAGAGCAGGAGCAAGCCCCAGCAGAGGGCGCCAAGGAGCGCUUGAAUGUGUCGGAGCAGGGGGGCGGAGUUUCAGUGACUUCAACACACACACACACACACAUUUAUGUUAACGUCCACACUCACACACACACACACACACACACACUUAACUUAUACACUGAGACACACACAUACUGUAUGUACAGAGACUACAACAACAUGCGCAUGCACUUAUCUACCAAGAAAACAGGCGUCCUGUCACCAUAGCAACAAACUGAAACUAAGCUACAACUGAAGUGUGUUCGGGAGCAACAGCUGCUUCACCUGGACAAAGACUGUGUGAAUACAAUAGAAGAGUAGAGUUCAUUAGGUUGUGAAGCAUGCUGA